ACAGCCAAGCUGACGAAACUGCAUCAGUUUGCUAUGGAGGUUUAGAGUCAGACAGACUGAAAAUGCUUGUGCAUGAGAGAGAAACAUAGAUAAUGAUCUUUUGUUUUCCAUACUUCCAUAAUUUUGGAUCAAGUUUGACGUAUCACUAAGAAGACAAGAGAACAACAUUUGAAGCGACAUGUGCCCUGGAAAAAGAAUGGACCCACAGCCAUUGGCGGAUGUGCUCCACUUCAACGACAAGGAGCUGGUCUCUGGUGGUCUGCUGUCACAGCUGGAUCUCCUCAGGAGGGAAGGGCUUCUCACCGACGUGGUGCUGUGUGCCGAGGGCACGGAGCUGCCCUGCCAUCGCGCCGUCCUGGCGUCCAGCAGCCUCUACUUCCACGCCAUGUUCUGCAGCAGCUUCCAGGAGAGCUGCCGGCCGCGGGUGGUGCUCGGGGGCGUCUCGGCUGAGGCGCUGGCCGCCCUGGUGGCCUACGUCUACACGGGGGUCGUCGGCAUCACGCCCGAGCUGGUGCUACCGCUGAUGCAGGCGGCGUCCAUGCUGCAGUACGGCCGGCUGUUCGAGGCCUGCUCGGCGUUCCUGCAGACGCAGCUGGCCGCCGACAACUGCCUGGGCAUGAUGCGGCUGGCUGAGUCGCUGAGCUGCGGCAGCCUGCGGCGCCAGGCCUGCCAGGUGGCAGCCCGCUGCUUCCCCGCCCUGCGCGCCUCCGACGACUUCUCCGCGCUGUCCCCGUCCGAGCUGGCAGACGUCCUGGGCGACGACCGGCUGUGCGCCGGCGAGGAGCAGGCGUUCGAGGCCAUGCUGGCCUGGAUCCAGCACGACCUGACCGGUCGCCGCAGCGCCCUCCAGGAGCUCUUCCGGAGGCUGCGUUUCCGCCACGUCCACCCCACCUACCUCUUCCAGUUUGUGGCCAGCGAGCCACUGGUGCGGGCCUCUCCGGCCUGCGCGGAGCUCAUUGAGACGGCGCGCCGCCUGCUCUUCUCCAUGGACGCCAUGGCGACGCCAUGCCCGGGCAGCGAGAUCGAAGAGGCGUGGGUCGCCCCGCGCAGAGAGGCCUGCCACGAAGCCUUGGUGCUGGUGGGCGGCCGCAAGGACAGCCGGCAGACGUCACGUGAAGCGCUGCUGUACGACCCGUCCAGCGAGCAGUGGCGGCGGCUGGCCAAGGUCCCCGUGCGCCUGUACGGGGCCUCCUGCGCUUGCGUGCAGGGCCUGCUAUACGUACUGGGGGGGGUAGCGGUGUCCGCUGCCGGCCAACACGCCACCGGCGCCCCGACAGACACCGUCUACGCCCUGUCCCUCACGACCAACCAGUGGCGGGCGGGGGAGCCCAUGCUGGCGCCGCGCUAUGCCCACCAGAGCGUCUCCUCCCUGCACUUCCUCUUCGUCCUGGGCGGGGUGGCGGCCGACAGGCAGCUCUCCGGCGCCGUGGAGAGGUUCAACACCAUGUUCAGCCAGUGGGAGGCCAUGGCGCCCAUGCCCUGCCCCGUGCUGCACCCUGCUAUGGCUGCCCACGGCCAGAGGAUAUACGUCUUCGGAGGGGAGGACAGCAAGCAGGAUCCGGUCCGCAUGAUACAGGUGUACCACAUGGUGAGGAAUUUAUGGUGUAAAAUCGACACAAGGAUGGUGAAAAACGUGUGUGCCCCUGCUGCAGUUAUUGACAACAAGAUCUAUAUUGUUGGAGGCUACACUCGAAGAACAAUUGCUUACGACACCAAAGACAACAAGUUUGUGAAAUGCGCAAGCUUGAAGGACAGGCGAAUGCACCACUCGGCCACGGUGAUAGACAACAAGCUCUACGUGACCGGGGGGCGCUUCAUCAACAGCCAAGACACCAUAGAGGACUCAGAUGCCUUCGAUUGCUACGACCCCUCAUCAGACCAAUGGAGCUCCAAGGGCAAGCUUCCACAUAGACUGUUUGGACACUGCUCCGUUCCUCUGGUCUGCAUCUCAAGCCAGUUUCUUACAUGAUGUGUUAAUGUUGGGGACAGAAUAUGUAGGGGAAAAGCGUUUUUUUUAUUUUAUUUUAUUAUUAUUAUUUUUCGAUAAUUUAUGUGGUCUAUAGCAUACAUGAUAGAGCUCCAAGGGCAAGCUUCCACAUAAAUGGUAAAUGGACUGCAUUUAUAUAGCGCUUAUCCACUCCUUCGAGCACUCAAAGCGCUUUACAUUGUUUGCCUCACAUUCACCCAUUCACACUCACAAUCACACACCGGUGGCCGUGGCUGCCACACAGGGUACCACCCUGCCACCAGGAGCAACUUGUAUCCAUUAGUAUCUUGCUCAAGGACACAACAAUGGAGUCAGGCCGAGCGGGGCUUGAACCUGCAACCUUUGGGUUGCCGAACGGCUCCUCUACCAACUGAGCUACCACCUAACACAUAGAGUGUUCGGACACCGCUCCAUUCCUCUGCUCUGCAUCUCAAGCCAGUUUCUUACAUGAUGUGUUAAUGUUGGGGAAGAAGGUGUAGGGAAAUGUGUGUGUGUGUGUGUGUGUGUGUGUGUGUGUGUGUGUGUGUGUGUGUGUGUGUGUGUGUGUGUGUGUGUGUGUGUGUGUGUGUGUGUGUGUGUGUGUGUGUGUGGUUUUUUUUCUUUCAUUAUAAUGCGAUAAUCUGUGUAGUGUAUAGUGUGCAUACUGCUCAGUUCCUUUGAUUUUUUUUGUCUGAAACUAAUUUCUUACUUAACGUGUGUGAUGUUGGAGCAGAAGAUGUAAGGGAAAAGAUGUUUUUUAUUCUCAUUAUUAUUAUUAUUAUUAUUAUUUUGUCACAUCUGUGUAGUGUGGUGUCUCAGUGGUGAUGCUUCACAUGUUCAAACCAAGUGUGUUAUAUAAAUAUACAUGUAGACUUUGCAUAUAGACUUUGAGGGGCUAGAGAAUUGGACAAUGAUGUCACUAAACUCUACCGGGAAACAUUUUGUCUUUGAAAGGUCAGGUAAAUUAGGGGUUAGAAAGAAUUCUUGAAAGAAUUUGCAGCCACACUGGCUUCUCUGGUUUUUCUGGAUUUGCCUCCUGUAGGCCUACAUUCCUCUUAAGCAACACCUCUUAGUGGUGCUAUGAACGUUGAAUAAUACGUUCAAAACGUUCAAAAUAGGAAUUCACAUUCCUGACUAGUGGCGUCAACAAUAAUCGAUUCGGCGAUGCAAUGCAAUGCGGGGCAUGGACAAUCCAAUUCAAUGCGGCAAGUUCCAGAAUCGAUGCAGCAAUUGUUUUAAGUUUCAAUUACUUCCGUGGAUAUUUCAGGAGCAAAUAAAUGUUAAAUUAAAUAAAUGCACUUCAAAGCAUUGAAAACUGCAAGACUGAUACAGAAAACAGCAAAUAAAUUGUUGCUCAGUAUCUGACUACUUGUCAUGACUGAUGAAACAUUUGCUUUGCUUUCAGUAGAAAUGUCAUGCAUUGCAAUGCAUUGUAGAAUUGAAUCAAAUCGAAUAGAAUCGACUAGAAUCGAAUCAAAACGAAUCGAAUUGAAUCAAAUUGCUACCUCCCGAAUCUUAAUCGAAUCGAAUCGUGAGGACAGCCAAUGCACACCACUAUUCCUGACCCACCAGCCAGGUUGAUGGGGAGAGUGAAUAACCGGCGCUCUCCCCCAUGACUGAGGUAUCCUGAGCAUGGUACUGUCCCGCCGUGCUGCUUUCUUGGUGCACGAGUUUGGCUGCCUUACAAGGGUGACACAUAAAUGCAAUUUUGUUUUGUGUGCUGUGGAGUCCCGUGUCAGAGACAAUGGUUGUGCAGUGUGUCAUUCUUCAAAGCAAUGGGUCAUUCACAUUCAAGGAAAUAAUCCCAAAGAUUAAGUAUGACAUCAGGAAAGCACACAUCAAACACAUUUGCAUGAUAUGGAGGCUCCCUUUCUUAUCAUUUCUUUCCCAGUAGGCUACAUGAUUUUACAUAAAAUUGAAUUGCUCGAAGAAGGUCAUUAGACCGAAACGUAGCAAGUAAAACUCUGCAAAUGAGAACGGUGUGCGGGAGCUUUUGUUUGUCUCAACGUUGGUGACCCAGUGGUUCCACUCCUACACACCUGGCCUAAGGAGGUGUGCAAGAAUUCCAAAAAUAGUGCAUACCAUUUACACAGCACUUAUUGUACAGUGUAAAGUACAACAUUUUUUUAUCAUUGUUGUUGGUAUUAUUAUUAU